AUGAAUGAAUUAACGGAGUACCAAGAGGAAUACAUAGCGUUAGAAGAGAAGCAGAGGCAAGUCAGUGAAGUAACACCACUUCCAGCAAAGGAAGGAAAUUCAAGGUUGUUACCAAGAACAGUACAUGUCGUGGAGGAUGAUCCGAAAUAUGAGAAAGAGGAACCUUCAACCCCAGUUCCGGUGAAACUUGUAGUUGUGUCAAGCGGAGACCUGGAGUGGAUCGAUCAACAGAGGUAUCAUCGGUUUCAUGGGCAUCACACGAAUGACUGUCGAAACAUCCAAAGGAUUAUACUUCGUCUAGUGGAACAGGGGAAGCUCGCUCAUUUUCUGGAGGGAUAUGUACAAACACCCCAACCCCCACCUCGUGACAAUAAACAAGUGUACCGAAUCGAAAUAGAUCGGGGAACCCACAAGCUGAAUUGUAAUUCGAUAAUCUAUUCAUCCAAGAGCAUUCAAAAUUUCCAUGACAAUAUAUUCAAAAGGGUGCAUAAGAGGGACUUCGAAGGGAAUGAGAUAUUCAGUAUGGCGAAGAAGGAGCCAUUAGAAGAGUGGCAAAAGAGGGAGAUAACAUUCUCAGCAAAGGACGCACCAGAGGGAGGAGCUUCACACACAGAGACGUUGGUCGUAACCUUAAAUUUUGGGAAAUACUCAAAGUGGGAGGAUGACGAAGUCAAGAAAGAAAAAAUUUGGGCAAUAGACAGAAUCCUGGUGGUUACGGGGAGCUCGAUUAACAUACUAUUUUACCAUGCAUUUAGGACUAUGGGGUACAAAUAUUCAGACCUUGUACCAUCGACAUACAAUAUAUAUGGGUUCAACGGGGUUGCGUCAAAGCCGAAGGAAGAGUUAGUUGUAAAGAUUUUCGCAUGCGAGUUGGAAACAAAAGUUACUAUUUGUGUGAUAGAUAUAGACUCACCUUAUAACGCUCUCAUAGGCCGGCCGUGGAUACAUGUGAUAAAAGGGGUUGCAUCUGCAUAUUAUCAGGCCAUGCGGAUUCCCAUGCCAAGCGGAAUAGGCGAAAUCAAGGGAGAUCUAAAGGAUGCGCGAGAUUGUAUCGAAAAGGAUGUCCACAACUAUGAUGAAAAACUGAGAAGGAAGAUAUAA